AGUUGGUGAAUAAGAAUGAGAACCCUUCUAUGCGUUGCUUGAAGUAAAAUUUUUCUGGUUCUCUUAAAAAGUGACUAAUUGGGUUUUUUUUAAGGAUUUGGUGAUGAAGAAAACCUCAAAUCUUUGCUGGGGUCCUCCUUGGCUUGACAUACAUAGCCACAAGGGAGCAGGCUUUCCUUUGAUGACGUCUUCCCUCCACCUCCCCAGAAAUGCAACAGCAAGCAGCAAGUGUAAUUUUGCAAACAGUCUAAAAGCUCUUUCCUCUGGACCUGGAUGCCAGAAACCACAAAGGCUCCAGUCAAGUUUUGAUUUUCAAGGAGAAAGCCUCUGGUAAAAGUUCGCUCAGCUACCAGGAGAUCCUUAGGUUCCUGGGAGGAGCUCUGCAAACCACUCAUCUCUCGAAGACCCAGAGCGGUGGAUUACAGUAAUUGAAAAUCUUUGGUGGUUUUGGAAGAUUACUUGGUGUUUGGAGUGAACUCAUUUCCAGGCUAGGGGACCGAACAGAGGAGCUCCUUUGUUACCUUUUGAAAGGUAGGGGAAGACGGAGUUUGAAGUGUGGUUUAGGGAGUCCUAAGUCUUUGCCUACCACCUCAGCCUGAAUCUUUAUAAAAAAGAUCGAGGACUGCAAUGAGCUUCGGAAAUCAUGCAGUUUCCUUGAAGUCUGUUCUGGAACCUAGCUUUUGAAUCCAGAAUCUUCUCCAAAGACGGGCCUAGCGUGGCAGAGUCUGGAUCGGCCGGCAUCAAUCUCUGGUCUUAAUAUAUUGAGGCCCAUCUUAUGAGAAAUUAUUUUCUUGGGUGACUUGUUUGCUUUUCGGCGAAUAAUGGAGAAACGUAGACCGGCUGGACUGCUGACCGCCUUGCCCUACCACCUCCGCGCUGCGCCUGUGGGCAUACCAGGGACCCCGCCGCGACUCCCCCUAAGGGACCCCUUCAGGGUCUCCUUCCGUCUGGACACCGAGAGCUGGGACCGGGCGCACGGGGGCUGCCCACCAAGACGGCCAUACCUGCCCCUGCCGCUGGAUGGCGCCCUCGAGCCCACCUUCCUUCGCAAGCGCAACGAGCGGGAGCGGCAGCGGGUGCGCUGUGUGAACGAGGGGUACGCGCGCCUCCGAGACCACCUGCCACGGGAUCUGGCGGACAAGCGCCUGAGUAAGGUGGAAACGCUGCGCGCCGCCAUUGGCUACAUCAAGCACCUCCAGGAGCUGCUGGAGCGCCACACCCGGGGGCAGGAGGGCCCGGCCGCCGCUGGUCCCGAGGGCAGGGCCGACUGCAAUAGCGACGGCGAGUCCAAGGCGUCCUCGGCGCCCUCGCCCUGCAGCGAGCGGGAGGAGGAGGCCAGUUAG